CAGAAUGUUAAUGGAGAAAUUGAGGAACGAAACGUAGUUUGCAAAUGUAAAUGUCAAAGGAAAGAAAUGGAAAUUUUUGACAGCAUGAUAGAAUUUGAGCAAGUUUUUUGUUUCAAGUGUCCUGAAUGCGAAUUCGUCAGUCGUGUUAAAAGUGAAGUGUCUGAACAUUUUAAAAAAGAUCAUCAAGUUGUGGUUCCAGAAGCUGAGAAUGCAAAUGCAACUAUAGAGUCUUCAGAUUUUUUGCUUAAUGACUGUGAUAAAGAACCUAACCAGAUUAAUGACAGUCAAAUGUUUCAUCAGGAUAUCAUGCCUGUUAGCACUUCAGUUCAAGGCUUUACCUGCACCAUAGAAAAAUGUGGAGUUCGUUGUGAACUUGAGCACAAUGCCCAUUAUCAUUCGAAAUGUCACGAUGAGAGUGGUUUCAGAUGUCCAGAAUGUAACGAAAUAAAAUCAUCUUGGAAAGCAAUGGCCAUGCAUUUGUGGAAGAGUCACUUGCUCAAUCUCGAAUUGCUCAGCUGUCAUUUGUGUGACUACAGAACAGGAAAGAAAGAAUUGCUCAAGUUUCACAUCAAGACUCAUAGUGAUCAACGAAAUUGUCUGUGUGAUGAAUGUGGCAAAGGUUUCAAAAACAUGAAGCAGCUUAGAAACCACAAAGAAUUACAUUCACUUAACAAAGGAUCGAAAGAACAACAGUUAAAGAACAAAUGCCCUGACUGCGGCAAGAUAUUAAGUAGUGCCCGGCUGUUACGUGCCCAUCGUAACGCUGUCCAUCUGAAAAUGCGCACUCACCUCUGUAGCUACUGCGGCUACAACACUACAUCACAAUCAAAUUUACGAAUCCACCUUCGACAGCAUACCAAAGAAAAACCUUUCGCCUGCGAAAGCUGUGAUUAUCAGACGGCCGAUCACAACUCACUUCGACGGCACCGUAUGAAGCACACGGGCGAGAAAAGAUACAAGUGCCCACAUUGUCAUUACGCUUCCAUUCAGUCAUCAACGUACAAAGUGCAUCUAAAGAACAAACAUCCUGGUUUGAGCGACGAGCUCGUUUUUUCCUGCCAAUUUUGCAGUUUUCGUACAAUUCGGAAAGAGCAGCUCAGUUUGCACACAACUUCUGUACACGCAGAUGGAAAUCAGAAACCUGAAGAUGCUCAUACAGUUGGUAGCAAAUGAUUCAUUGCUGUUGCUCUCAUCACAUUAUUGGAGGUACACGUUAUCGGUGAACCCUGCCCCGCUGCCUAAUGCCGACAAUGCAACACGGUUGUUGUACAAACAUCUAAUUAACAAUAGAAGUAUACUCAAAGUAUUUAUCAGCAUCACCAAAUGGAGUUCAUAGUUGCAUCGGCCUUUAGUACAGUCGCCAAGAUGAAUUUGGGUGGUGCAAUACGAAAUUAACGACUGAUUGAAAUUGAAAGCUGGACAUGUGACAAAAAAGGCAUGCAAAUUGGUUUCUCGACAUUACCUGUAAUAUUCCGUUGUACAAGUUCAAUCAUGCUUGCCCUUGGCGAUGAAACGAUAUGGAUUCUGAUGACGUAGAUCCGCACAGCAUCAAUGCAGAUGUUGAGGACAAUGAAGACUCGACGGCAUGCUUCAAAGACCUGUGCAUCGGAUUCGGAUUAUUCGUGCUCUGCGUCAGCAUUGCUAGCAUUGUGGCCAUCAGCAUCAUAAGCACGUACAAGGAGGUGCAAAGAAGGGCAGCCAUCGAAGUCGAUCCGAUUCCAUUCCGAUCAGUAAAUCACGGCAUUUGGCCCGGCUAUCGACACGAAUUUUUCAACGAGCGAUUGCCAUACAUCAAGGCAGAACAGGUGUGUCUAUCACGAGAGAAAGCCUCGCUCCUUCACUUCAACAGCCAAGAGCAAGAGGAUGCGUUUGACAUGUACGCGUCAUUGAAUUUCUGGAGCGCAACAGAUUACCCUGCCUUCCAAUUAUGGACUUCGGGGAUCGUCAUGGCCAGACGAGUUCAAGGAAAGCCCAACGUCACUGUUUUAUGGCCGGAACCAACGGCAGAGUUGAGUACUAUACGCGAAUGCGCAGUGCGAGGAGAAGGACUGGUCAACGCCUUCGGCUUCCCUGAAAGGUUUUGGCAAGAGAGGCACAUUGUGAAAGAUUACAUCAUGGAGAAUCAGCCGGAAAGUAGUAACACUACCAAAACCCAGAAUGGAUGUUGGCAACACGUGAAGAGGAAUGACUGGAUGCCGGAGAGCUUCUACCGUUUCGUUUGCCAACGCAAAAUUCAAUGAAUUCUCCAUUUGUCGUAUGUUGUGUCCAUUUGACAUUGCUGCAAUCGUUCAAAUACAAUUCUUAAAUUUUA